AUGUCACUUGCUUUGCUUACGGCACAAGAAAAGGCUGAACGCAGAAGAGAAAAGAAUAAGUUGGCGCAAAGAAAGUAUCAAUUGCGAUUACGACAGCAGAGAAUUGAAGAAAACGAGGUCGAGGAAACGCGUAGAAUUCGGGAAAGAAAUAACUUAUUGAAGCGUAAACAACGAGACAGCUUUACCCCGGAGGAAAAUGAAGCAAACCGGGCCCAUAUGAGGCAACAGAAGCCGAAAGAGCAAGAAGAAACCGUGAGACGAGUUUGGUCCCUGAAGAUAGAAGUGACAUUCCUGAAGAUAGAAGUGACAUUCCUGUAG